AUGCCAACCAAUCCACAAGUCAAGUAUGACAUGCUCAAGCGGCUCCGUGUAGCAGACUACAUUACUCUUUCUAAUGUCCUCGCCGUUUUCUGUGCAAUGAGACAAUCGUUUUUCAUGGCGCAUUUACUCAUUUUCCUUGGAUACGAGUUUGAUCGCUUCGACGGGAUAGUAGCGAGGUACAGGAAUGAAUGCUCCGAAAUGGGUAAACAGCUGGAUAGCUUCUGCGACUUGGUCUCUUUCUGUGUGGCUCCUGCUGUCAUGGUCUAUUGUGCUGGCUUCAACACCUUGGCAGAUCAGGUAAUACUGGCCUUUUUUGUCUGCUCUGGCGUUGCACGCCUCGCAAGGUUUAACGUGGCGGCGCAUUUAGUGCCCAAGAGCGCUCAUGGAAAAGCACUCUUCCAUGAAGGCCUCCCCACGGCCUAUGCCGCUCUCUUGAUCUCCACAGUCGUCGCUGUUGCUGAGUGGACAGGUUACUUGACUGACCCAAGUCCUGGGGUAACCCUUGCUUCCGAUUCCUGGCUUGCGUAUCAUCCAAUAAUGACCGCUAUGCUCGUACUCAGUGCUCUGAUGGUCAGUAAGCGACUUAAACUAUAUCUUGACGGAGCCUACAGUAUCCCGGGGCUAUUGGACAUGUCUCUUCGAUCCUAUCUAGAAGCCGCUUACAAAGAAGUUCGACUGUCUUCAGAAGUCGCCCUCAGUCCCCUCCAACAGCUUGAUUGCCGUCUGAAGAAGGAUGCCGAGAAUCUCAUUCUGGUUUAUGGUGGAUCUUUCAAUCCGCCACACCGUGGACACCUAGAUGUCCUGCUAUCCGCAUUGCAUCCGGUUGUGAAUGCCGCUGCAGUCGUUGUGCUACCGAGCGAGAACUUUCACCUGCGCCACAAGUUGGCAACUAGCCACCCAGAAUUCUUUCUUAGCCGGAGGCAAAGAGCUGACCUGUGGGCUUCCAUACCUACGGUUCCGAAGAACAAGGUUUGGGUAUGGUCAGAGACCUGGUAUCCCUUCCUGCCAUUUACUGAAGCGGUCCGGCGGCUUGGCGAAGCGGACGGAUACGACAUCGUCUUUUCGCAUCUCAUUGGACCUGAUAAUCUCAACGAAGCCGAUGCCCUCAACAAUUUACCAUAUAAACUUCCACGGAUACUUGUAACCAACAAAGCCAGGCACGUCCCGUCUCAGUUUUUGCCAAAUGGGCAGCCAGCAAAGUGGAAAGGGUUUGGAGAGUGGUCUCAAGUUAACGCGGAUGUUUCUCGCAAUGAACAAGCUGAGAGUGCUGAAGAGGCUGUUCUGUGGUCAUGCCAGAGCGUGGACAGUAUUGGCCUGGAGAAGAUGGGUUAUUACUUAGAGUUCACCAAAAAGUCAGUUGGGCCUGACUUAAAUUCGACGAGCCUAAGGCAAGAUCUGCUCCAGAAACACUCGCUGGACGAGGAGGCUCUUAGGCAACUCAGCACACUUGACCUUCUCGACAUGCUGCGACCAAUCCUGCAGGUGGAUUAG